AGCGGUUCGCGUUACCUGUCGUUUGCUGCCUAGAUCGAGACGGUCACUCAUUCCACUCUCAGGAUCAAGAAAAGGAGCGUCACCGGCAUCCCUCUCCUGCAGGGACCCGGACUCGCACCCCCCCGCGCCGGGAGUCGCACCACCGUGGCCGGGCUGGCAGAGAUUCACAGUGGACAGCAUAUGUGACUUUUGUGGUUGGACGAGCCAGAGGAGACAGCCUUGAGAGAGCAGGAGUCUCGCCUUUUUUCCUUCCCCUUCCAAGUCAUCCUCAUCACCAGUGAGCCUGGCCACCCUCUCCAGUAGUCAUGGAGAACUACUCCUUUCCUGAGACCAACUCCUCAUGUGCAGACUGCACUGUGAGAGGACAUGGGGGUCUGAAUAUGUCCACUCCUCCACUUAGCCCCAGGUUCUAUGUCACAGUGCCUGUCAUCUACUCAGUCAUCUGUGUCGUGGGGUUGACAGGCAACACUGCUGUCAUCUAUGUAAUCCUCAAAGCGCCAAAGAUGAAAACAGUAACCAACAUCUUCAUCCUCAACCUGGCCAUUGCUGAUGAGCUCUUUAUCCUGGUGCUACCCAUCAACAUUGCUGACUACCUGCUCCUGCAGUGGCCUUUUGGAGAGUUCAUGUGCAAGCUCAUCAUCUCUAUAGACCAAUACAACACUUUCUCCAGUAUCUAUUUCCUCACUGUCAUGAGCAUUGACCGCUACCUUGUUGUGGUGGCCACUACCAAGUCCAGGAAGAUGUCCUACCGCACUUACCGAGCAGCCAAGAUUGUGAGCCUUUGUGUCUGGUCCUUUGUCACAGUCAUCAUCCUGCCCUUCACUGUCUUUGCUAAGAUACACAAGGAGCAGGGGCGCUCCCAGUGUGUCUUUGUGUUCCCCCAUCCUGAGAGUGUGUGGUGGAAAGGCAGUCAGAUCUACACCCUUAUUUUAGGUUUUGUCAUCCCAGUGUCCACCAUGGGCACCCUCUACACCACCAUGUUGUGCAGACUGAGACAUAUGCAACUCAACUGCAAUGCGAAAGCUCUGGACAAAGCCAAAAAAAAGGUGACACUGAUGGUAAUUGUCAUCUUGGCUGUGUGCCUGUUUUGUUGGACACCCUAUCACCUUAGCACAGUGGUGGCCCUCAUCACAGACAUCCCACAAACCCCACUCAUCAUUGGGAUUUCCUACUUCAUCACCAGCCUAAGUUAUGCCAAUAGUUGCUUCAACCCUUUCCUGUAUGCCUUUCUAGAUGACAGUUUCCGGAGGAGCUUUCGCAAACUGAUAGAUCGCAGAACCACAUCAUAGAGCCAACCCUCUGUCCCCUCAUCUGUACCUCUCACAGUCACCUGCUUUUCCUGGGUGAUUCCAGCCCAGAGAAUGCUUUCUCUGCAGCCUCCUUGUGAUUGCCUACAGGUCUUCAGGUUGCCUCACUACCCAAGACAUGCACUGGAAACAAGUGUAUCUUUCUCAACUGUCCUGCACUCAUUUCUGUAGCAUUGCUUUCCUUGCUAUUCUUUUUCUUUUUCUUUUUC